AAAAAUACCACAGGCCCGCAAGUAUCUUUGACCGGGGAGAGAGCAUCUUGGCUGCUAUGGUUCAUUCUUCUCUCUGUGGAACAUCGGACAAGCAGCAUCGAAGGCUUGAAGGAUGGGUAAAGACUUCCGCUACUAUUUCCAGCAUCCUUGGUCUCGCAUGAUCGUGGCUUACCUGGUCAUCUUCUUCAACUUCUUGAUAUUCGCCGAGGACCCAGUUUCUCACAGCCAGACAGAAGCCAAUGUUAUUGUUGUUGGAAACUGUUUUUCGUUCGUUACAAAUAAAUACCCUAGAGGAGUUGGCUGGAGGAUUUUGAAGGUGCUUCUAUGGCUACUGGCCAUUCUCAUAGGACUGAUCGCUGGCAAGUUUCUGUUCCAUCAGCGCCUCUUUGGCCAGUUGCUCCGGCUAAAAAUGUUUCGUGAAGACCAUGGAUCGUGGAUGACAAUGUUCUUCAGUACCAUCCUGUUCCUCUUCCUCUUCUCUCACAUAUAUAACACGGUUCUUCUGAUGGAUGGGAACAUGGGAGCAUACAUCAUCACGGACUAUAUGGGCAUUCGCAAUGAAAGUUUCAUGAAACUAGCUGCUGUAGGGACCUGGAUGGGGGACUUUGUCACAGCCUGGAUGGUCACCGAUAUGAUGCUUCAGGACAAGCCCUACCCUGAUUGGGGGAAAUCGGCGAGAGCCUUCUGGAAGAAAGGCAAUGUCAGGAUCAUCCUAUUCUGGACUGUUCUCUUUACCUUGACUUCCGUGGUGGUACUUGUCAUCACAACUGACUGGAUCAGCUGGGACAAACUGAACCGCGGAUUUCUGCCCAGUGAUGAGGUUUCCAGAGCGUUCCUUGCUUCUUUCAUCUUGGUCUUUGACCUCCUUAUCGUGAUGCAGGUUAGCCAGCUUCGAAGAAUAUCUAAAGGUUUUCUUCUUAGACGUCGGAUUCCUGCUGAUGAACUUCAGGCAGAUAUACACAGCAGGAAGAGCAAGUGUUACUUUGGGGCAAACGUGACAGGACAAUGUCAGUCUGACCUUUCCUUCAUGGAUCAGAGAGUCCGAAAGAUUGAACAGUUCACAUUCCUGGGAGGCUCUCUGACCUCAGUUGCAAGUAUUUAG